AUGUGUUGUAACUACUACGGAAACUCAUGCGGUAGCUGUGGCUACGGCUCUGGCUCUGGCUGUGGCUACGGCUCUGGCUAUGGCUGUGGCUACGGCUCUGGCUACGGCUGUGGUUAUGGCUGUGGUUAUGGCUCUGGCUACGGCUGUGGAUACGGCUCUGGCUACGGCUGUGGUUAUGGCUCUGGCUACGGCUGUGGAUACGGAUCUGGCUACGGCUGUGGUUAUGGCUCUGGCUACGGCUGUGGCUAUGGACGUGGCUUUGGCUGCUGUGGAUAUCGACCAUUUAUCUACAGAAGAUGCUAUUCUUGCUGCUAG